GCGAAAACGAAUAAUAAAUACUGCGGCGAACUGCACAUGACUAUACAGAUUCUCUUUCUUCAGGCGUCUCUGUUUCAGGUCGCUUUAACAGAGCCAUUAGGUCGACUAGAAUGAGCUCCAUUGCGCUUGGUUUUGUUAUUUUAACCAGUCUACUAGUGAUCGGUAGCGCGGAGCCGUCUAGCUCUGAUGGACAUGCCAGUGUUCCUCCAAGAGGGUGGAACUCAUACGAUGCCUUCUCUUGGAUUAUCUCAGAGGAGCAAUUCUUGCAGAAUGCAGAUGUUGUCUCCAAGAAACUGCUUGCCCACGGAUAUAAGUAUGUUGUGGUCGACUAUUUAUGGUAUCGAAGGAAAGUAGAAGGAGCAUACUCGAACUCUCUAGGAUUUGAUGUGAUUGAUACAUGGGGAAGGCCACUUCCUGAUCCUCAGAGGUGGCCUUCUUCGAGAGGUGGCAAAGGAUUCAAAAAUGUGGCUGAUGCUGUUCACAAGAUGGGCUUGAAAUUUGGGAUUCAUGUCAUGAGGGGUAUCAGCACCCAAGCAGUCAAUGCCAACACCCCCAUUUUGGAUGUUAUCACGGGAGGUCAAUACAACGAUUCAGAGCGGCAUUGGCAGGCAAAAGAUAUUGGCCUAAAGGAGAGGGCCUGUCCUUGGAUGUCACAGGGAUUUAUGGCCGUAGACACUGAUAAGGGAGCUGGUAGAGCAUUCCUGAGGUCACUCUAUCAUCAAUAUGCUGAAUGGGGUGUUGAUUUUGUGAAGCAUGAUUGCAUCUUUGGUGAUGAUCUAGAUACAAGCGAGAUAUUAAUUGUAUCUGAGGCUUUACAAAGAAUAAGUCGUCCAAUUGUAUAUUCUCUCUCACCUGGAACACAUGUUACGCCAGCCAUGGCUGCCAAAAUUAGUAGCAGGGUGAACAUGUAUAGGAUAACCGGUGAUGAUUGGGAUGCAUGGGAACAUAUCAAAGGGCACUUCAAUAUAUCCAGAGACUUUGCUUCUUCUCACUUAAUUGGUGCUGAAGGACUAAAGGGAAAGUCAUGGCCAGACAUGGACAUGCUACCAUUUGGCCAGCUUACUGAUGUUGGUUCAAAUGAAGGGCCUCACAGAAAGUGCAAUCUCACCAUCGAUGAGCAGAGGACACAGGUUACUUUGUGGUCGAUGUUCAAGUCUCCCUUGAUGUUCGGAGGGGAUCUGACUCAAAUUGAUCAGACAACGCUGGGUCUUAUAACAAGUCCCACCCUUCUGGAAAUUAACUCCUAUAGUGGAAACAACAUGGAGUAUCCUUUUGUCCAUGCAAAGAGUCCACACUGUGAGAAUGUUCAGAUAACAAGGCCAGUUGUACCUGUGGAUGAAAACGAGGAUGUCAAUAAUGAUCUACAGUUAACUAGUUGCUCUAAUGUGAGAGCAAGGGGCUUCAUUUUGGAAGCUUAUAAUGGAGACAUAGAUCACAUAUGCUGGAAAGAAGGCAUAGCUGGAGAAAAUAUUUCAAGAUUCUGUCUGUACAAACGUCAACCUUUGUUAACAGAGGAAGAGCAAAUUGCAUAUGAAAGGCGAUAUUCUGGAAAAUUUCAUUUAGUGACAGCUGCAUCUGAUGAUCUGUGUCUUGAUUCUUCUAUAGACAGAAGAAAUUCCAUGGAGAAAUCAGCCUUCAUGAAAUUUUCCCCUUGUAGAUAUAGUGCUAACCAGCUUUGGGAUUAUGUUGAUGGAAAGCUUGUUGAUAGCUAUUAUGGUCUCUGUGCAACUAAGCACAUAUUAGAUGAUACUAAAUAUGAAGGAGAAGUCCGUUCUUGGAUUGCAACUGGAAGAAAAGGUGAAAUAUAUCUAUCUUUUUUCAAUCUUUUCUCUUGUAAGAUGACAAUAUCAACAACGAUCAAGGAGUUGGCUAAGGUGCUGCCUAAGGACUACAUAAGGAAAGGCUCCUGCUAUUGUUCUGAAAUUUGGACGAAUCAGCAGCUUGGGAUAAUAAGAAAAGAGUUGUCCAUGGAAGUCGCAGCACAUGGUUGUGCAGCAUUCGUCCUCAAAUGCCACUAGCAAUAUCCACACAGAGGUGAGGUACCAUGUAUAAGGAGAUUCACUCAACUUUCCAUGUCAAAUUGACGCUAGAACAGAGAAGUACGUGCAUGGAUCAGCAUGCAGUAUGCUUUAUGUGGGUUGAAUUGAAAUAUCGCUUCAGGUAAACUAUCAUAUUUAGGGGUUGAAAGUCCUUCCGUACGUUUAAGUGUUACCAUUGUUUAUUUUCGAGUCAAUGUGAUACCGGAACCUCUUCACUUACAUAAAGCAAAACUGUACUCAUCGAAA